CCCCGUCUGCUCUCCUAUGUGUAUACGAUUCUCCGAUCGCGCAUCACCUCGUUGAAUACAUAUAUAGCAGCUCGUGUGUAUAGGAUCGCCACCGCACGACGACGACGCUUGCGCGAAAAACCGACUGCACGAGCUCUCCGCACCUGCACUGACCGACUCUCUCUCGCUUAUUGUACUCAGUCCGAUACGUGUACACGUCCCCGCGCCUCGUAUAUAUACAUUUGCAAUCGCCCAAGUCGCAGUCGCGUACGGUCGUGCACACACGUGGAUUCGUCGCUCGCUCGCGCGUGAAUUUAUAGUAUACAGUAUCUGGUACACACGCACGAGUUUUAUUUCCUCGUAUUACAUCGUCAAACAUAUGCGUCGAUAUACAGAGCGCGUAUAGAUAAUAUAAAAAGAAGGGAGUCUGGGAUAAUAAAAAAAAAAACAUAUCGGGUGAAUCGAUGGGAGAGAAAAUUUAUUGCCCUGUGAGCCCGAGAUAGCAGCGGAGCAUCAAAUAGCUGCCUCCGGUAUUGUAUAGAUUGAUCGAUUCUCGCUCGAGAUACGUAUAUACAUAUAGUUAUAUGUCACACGAAGAGAGAGUAAUUCGAGUGCAGUUUGGUCCGCGUGUGUAUAUCACGUUUAUAUAUAAUAAUAAUACAGAUACAGAUUGAUAAUUGCAACGCCUUGUCCAAUACACGUGUGUGUUUUGUGCUCCUGAUUCAAUAGUGCGUAAUAUCGAAUUUCUCUCUGUUUCUCCUCCGUGUCUCGUGUGGUGCAUUGUCACAGCAGCAGCAACACGUGCAACGCGUCUGAUAUAAGGUGUUCCACAUAGACGAGGACACCGACAUAAGGCAGCUCUCUCUCUCUCUCUCUCUCACUCUCCACCUUCGACACACGAGCCGUUCGCAAAUCGGACUCGAGACAGCUCGUAUAAAUAUUAUUAAUACACAGUUGAUAAAGUUGAAACAACAUUGGACAAAAGGAAGAGAGACCCCGUUCUAUAAACGUGAUACUUUUUGUAUGAGAGCAGAGAGAAUAGCGAAAAAAAAAAUUGUCGUUGACCGUAUACAAAAUACAUAAUAAUAUAUAUUCGCUCGCUAACUCGCUCUCUCGUGGCGUGUUAAAUCGCGCACGGAUCGUGUCAUGAGCGGCAGUUGUUCAAUAACUGAGACCAUCACCACCACCACCACCGACCACCACCACGACCAUCGUCAGAGCCCCGAGUGCAGUGCUGCAGAUUUUCGGCCCCGUAGUCGUCAUCUCCGAGAAUCGUCCACGUCGCCGUCGUCAUGCACGCUGCCGCCUCACUCAAACGAGCUGUCCAAUCAAACCCUCAAGUCGCUAAUAGCUCGGAUCAACAGCAGCAGCAGCAGCAGCCACAAAAUCCACAGCAGCAAGUCUCGAAUUUACGAAUGCGCAAUGGCAACGCAACAGGCCCAGGUGGCAUCGGAAAAACAGCAUCAGCCGAAACGUCGUCGUCGGAACAACAACAGCAGCAGCAGUCGUCGCCGUCGCCCGCUCCAAUCGACGAUCCGGGUAACGACGGGGACGGUGGGGGAGGGCCCCGAGGUCUGGAGGGGCCGGACCCAGAGAAGGACGACCCUGUUCACCUCAAGAGACGGGUGGGACUCGUCAGUGGGGUGGCUCUAAUCGUCGGCACCAUGAUUGGAUCGGGAAUCUUCGUCUCGCCAUCCGGUCUAUUGAUACGCACCGGCAGCGUGGGCAUGAGCUUCGUCGUGUGGACGGGCUGCGGCCUGCUGUCGCUCUGCGGCGCCCUCGCCUACGCCGAGCUCGGCACCAUGAACACGAGCAGCGGCGCCGAGUACGCCUACUUCAUGGACGCGUUCGGCGCCCCACCGGCCUUCCUCUUCUCCUGGGUCUCGACCCUCGUGCUCAAGCCCUCGCAGAUGGCCAUCAUCUGUCUGUCCUUCGCCCAGUACGCCGUCGAGGCCUUCGCCUCGGAGUGCGAUCCACCCGGCGAGGUGGUGAAACUCGUCGCCCUCCUCGCACUGGUGCUCAUACUGCUGGUCAACUGCUACAGCGUGAAUCUGGCGACGGGCGUGCAGAACGCCUUCACCGCCGGUAAGCUCAUCGCCAUACUGGUUAUCGUCGCGGGUGGCACUUGUAAACUCUUGCAGGGCAAUACCCAGCACCUGCGCAACACCUUCGACAGCUUCGAGGAGAAGCCGGAGGAAGCGACCGUUCAGCAACAGCAGCAGCAAUCGAGUAGCGUCUUCGCCGAGGCCGAAUUUUACGGCAAAUUGGCCACGGCUUUUUACACGGGCCUGUGGGCCUACGACGGCUGGAACAAUCUCAACUACGUCACGGAGGAGAUCAAGGACCCGUCGAGAAAUUUGCCCAGGAGCAUAAUGAUCGGUAUACCGCUGGUGACUCUGUGCUACGCUCUGAUCAAUGUAUCCUACCUGGCGGUCAUGUCGCCGCUGGAGAUGAUCGACAGCGAGGCCGUGGCAGUGACGUUCGGCAAUCGCAUCCUCGGCGUGAUGGCCUGGCUCAUGCCGCUCUCCGUCGCAGUGUCGACCUUCGGCUCGGCCAACGGCACCCUGUUCGCCGCUGGCCGUCUGUGCUUCGCCGCCUCGCGUCAGGGCCACCUCAUGGACUGCCUGAGCUACGUCCAUGUGCGACGCUUCACCCCGGCCCCGGGCCUGAUCUUUCACUCGCUCGUAGCCGGCGCCAUGAUACUGUCCGGCAGCAUCGACUCGCUCAUCGACUUCUUCUCCUUCACCGCCUGGAUAUUCUACGGCGGUUCGAUGCUGGCGUUGCUGGUGAUGAGGCGAACGAGGCCGAAUCAUCCGAGGCCCUACAGAUGCCCGUUGGCCAUACCGAUCCUCGUGCUGGUGAUAUCGAUUUUUCUGAUCGUGGCGCCGAUCGUCGACAAUCCGCAGAUCGAGUAUCUGUACGCGGCGGCGUUCAUCGGGGCCGGCAUGUUCUUUUACGUGCCGUUCGUGAAGUACGGAUACGUGCCCAAGUUCAUGGACGGAGUGAACGCGUUUCUACAGAUGCUGCUCGAGGUGGCGCCCACCGCUGCAGCCUUCGAUUGAAUCACACACACACACACAAUAAACAAACCGAAAAUAAAAAACAACGAUAUCGACAGGAGCCAAAAAUUCAUCUCUGCGGCUUCUGAACAUAUUAUAUAGAUACGACUGUGAUUGUAGCCGUUGCAUGUGAAUAAUAGAGCGAAAAUAACAAAGCAUAAUUGUCAAACGAAUACUCGGAUAUUUUACAUUUGUUAUACGUGCUGAACACGCAACUAUACUAUUUUUUUUUUUUUUUUCGUUACUCGAUUGUUGAAAACGAUCGAAGCCGCGUGUGUGAUCGUUACUAUUAUUACAAAGCGCCAAAAACAAAAAAAAAAUUGAAAAUGUAAUGAAGAUUGUUAGUAAAAUGACUAGAUUAUUUUAAGGAAAGUUGAGAUAUGGUGACGUUGUAUGUAAAAAAAAAAAAUACCAAACAAAUGAAUGAUAUAAAACAAGCCGAUUUUCGACCACAGAGGAGUUAUUUUUAUUACUUACAGAUUUUACUCGUUGUUUAUUGCUAUUUGUAUUGAAGAAAAAAAGAAAAUAAUGAAUAAAUAAAAUAAGCGAUAAUUAAUUUAUCGAAGUUACGAUUAAAUGUAUAAGUUUGACGUAUAAUCAUAUGUAUAUUCGUUAUUACAUAUAUGCGCUUGAUGUGCGUAUACCAUCAAAAAAUGUGUAUAUUAUGUGUCGCGUCGUCAAUGUGAUCAAUUAAGUAUUGUAUAUUAAUUCAAACGAAACGAUGAAUAAAUAAAGAAUUUUUUGAAAAUAAA